UGAAAAUAGUAUAUUGAUAGCUAGUUAAUAUUUUGUAUCAAAUUAUACCGGCUGAUAUUUUGGUAUUUAAUUUAUGAGAGAUUACAGUUUAUAAAAAUGAUCAGAAUGAGUACAUCGAUAAUUAUAAUACGAUUGUUGGUUUGUACGGUGAUAUUCUUUCCACCAUGUUGUGUAAGCUCGAAUAACUGGUACCAACAACUCGAUAUCUCCAAGAUAAACAAAGAAAUUCAAAAAGUUAGUAAAAUAAUUGAAAACAGAUAUCGUUCAGAGGAUAUUAUAUUAUCAAAUAUUAGUCGUUUGACAAUUGGAAGCCCGGUUUAUGGACAACUGAUCGAAUCUAUGCCUUCCAAAGAGGGACAUUCAGGAUCUCAAAAUGCUGAAAUUAUAUUUGAAGUUACACGAAGUUUGAAGAAUACAUAUUGUUUGAAGUACGGGUUAAGUGAUAUACAAUGUACCAAAGAUUUAACGAAAGUUAAUCUGACUGGAACAACAUUGGGUGGGAUGUGUAUGUCUGAGUAUUACAACGACAAUUUGUGCAUCGGGAAGGACUUUGAGUAUCGUAGUCCUGAUGGAUCUUGUAACAAUCUGAAACGUAAAUAUUUGGGAAAGGCAAACACGCCUUAUAAACGUUUGCUGUUUCCAGUCUACACAGACGGUGUUUACGAAAUGCCCAAUAUUCACGAUGAACAGCUGCCUAAUCCUAGAUUACUGAGCACAAAUCUUGUAAAAGACGAAGACUCUCCUGACCUAACAAAAACGAUGAUGGUGGCGUACUGGUCGAUAUUCAUAGGCCACGAUCUCUCACACACGACAGUUUCUACAAUGGGGAAAGAGAACAGAUUUGUAAAUUGUUGUGAUAAGGACAAAAGUAUUCAAUAUUCUCUGAACAAAAAUAUAAGGUCCUGCAAGCCCAUAUUUAUACCGGAUGAAGAUAGGUUUUUUAAACCGGAUCCGUUUGAUUACAUGAACUGCAUGAACUAUGUGCGUUCGCGGCCAGCGGUGCGUUCUGAUUGUACAUUUGGACCCAUGGAACAAAUGAACCAAGCUACCCAUUAUUUAGACGCAUCGAUGAUAUACGGUACGACGGAACAACAGACGUUGUCGUUGAGAAAAAUGUCGAGCGGCCAACUAUUGGUACAAAAACCAAUUUUAUUCAUACCAAACAGGGAUCUCAUGCCGCUGGAAACAACCGAUACGAACGUUUGUCAGCUCGGCCCCGGCACGUGCUUUAGGGCUGGUGACAUUCGAGCCAACGCGUUACCACAACUGAAUGCCGUGUACACACUGUGGGUAAGGGAACACAAUCGGAUAGCCCUAAAACUGUAUAAAGAAAAACGCUUCCUGACUGAUGAAGAACUUUUCCAAGAGGCUAAGAAAAUCGUGACGGCUUGCAUACAGCACAUCACGUACAACGAAUGGCUGCCGGCACUGCUUGGCAUUAACUACACCAAGGAAAACGGUUUGGGACUGGAACAAAGAACCACGUACGACGAGACUGCUGACCCGACAGUUAGCAAUAGCUUCGCGACCGCAAUACUGCCGUUCACCAAUUCCAUGAUUAGCGAUACAAUUAGUUUCAACUGGAUUAAUAAUAUAUUAUAUUAUGAUUCUACUUCGUAUAAUGGUUCCUUAAAGAGAAAUUACAACCAACCACUUUUGUUGGGCAAAUUUGAUGACCCCUACGGUGUCAAUGAAAUGCUAAUCGGACUAACUGUGCAGGCUACAGAAAAAGCCGAUAUGCUGUUUACACAAUCUAUUACAAAUUACCUAUAUAAUAUUGAUCCUAAUGAUUCGUUUGGAAUGGACAUUUUCAGCUUGGAUAUACAACGAAGCCGCGAUCACGGUAUUCCAAGCUACACGCAAUUUAGAAAAUAUUGUGGACUAAAAGACAUAGAAAACAUGCAAGAUUUGUCUGAAAUCAUGGUGGAAGGGUCAGCUGAUAAAUUAUUGAAGCUGUACAAAACUUGGAACGAUAUAGAUCUAUUGGUUGGUGCAUUGUUUGAGAAACACGUUGACGACGCAAUGGUUGGCCCUACGAUGAGGUGUAUUAUCAGGGAACAAUUUGUUAGAACUAGAAUUUCAGAUAGAUAUUUUUAUGACGUACCAGGAGUAUUCUCUGAUUAUCAACUGGAGAAUAUAAAAAACGUGACGCUUGCCAGAGUUUUAUGUGAUAACGCUGCUACCAAAGGUAUGAUACAACAUGUAUUUUCGAGACCGGAGGUAUAUGAUCAUUCAAUUCAUAAUUGUGUACCAACAUCAAUUCCGGAAAUGCAAUUUAUUGGUUGGUAUGAUAAAUUGGAAGACAAUUUUUUUGGAAUUGAUUCUGCAAAAAUUAUUGUAAAAUCAAUAUUAUUGCUAGAAAACGCUGGUAUUAGAGUAGAAGGAAUUGCAAGUGAUGAUGCAACGACAAACUGUGCUAUGUGGAGUAUUUUAGGUAUAUCUGGAAAAAUGGAUAAUAUGAAAAAUUAUUUUGAUAAUCUUUAUGAUAGAAACCGUAGGGUAUUUGUUUUUUCAGAUGUUCCUCAUUUGUUGAAGACUAUUAGGAAUAGGUUAAUCACAAAAAAAUCCUUACAGGAAAAAAUGUCUAAAAUCAUAAAAAUCAACGAAAAAGGCACUAAAAUAGUUGUGGAUGGUUAUGCAUAUACCCUUCAACAUACGUUAUCAAAAACAAAACGGUGGAAAUGCAGUAAUAAAACAAAGUAUAAUUGCCCGGGAACACUAUCUUCAUCGUUGAUCUUAACGAAUCCUGUACUUCAAAUUGAACACAACCACGUGGGGAAUAAGCAAGUGAAAAUAAUUGAAAAAUUUGAAAACGACAUCAAAUUACGAUCACGAAAAACUUGUGACAAACUGAGUCAGAUAUUUGCGGAAGCUUCACUAGAAACAUAUGUCCACAGCGCUUUAUAUGAAGCAUAUUGGUUUUAUUUUUAUCUGUCAUACACAUAA